CGAAAAAAUACCUUCCCGUUAAUAUUAUGAUUCGACCAUUCAUGUAGUAGUUUGGACCAUUUUGGUUAGUGAUUGGAGAAAAGCCUAAUAUUCGCGGUGAUUGGUUUCUGUGAGAAGCGCGAAUUGUGUAAACUAAUAAUUGAGGGGCAUUAUUACUAAUUGCCUCCAUUUGAUUACGUUUUUGCCUUGGUAUACCAGAAAUGUCAGUUGUAUUUUUUAACACAGCGGAGGCUGAAGUGGAGUCUGAUUCUAACGCAGCGGGAAUUGUAACUACCAACGCCCAAGGACAGUCAGAGGCGCAGAUAGCUCUGGCAAACUUUUGGGCAAAAAUUACUGACGACAUACGGAAAAUUAGAACAUUGGACCUGAAGAACCAGGCUCUGCCGUUGGCCCGCAUCAAGAAGAUAAUGAAGCUGGACGAUGACGUGAAGAUGAUCAGUGCCGAGGCGCCGAUGCUGUUCGCGAAGGCCGCCGAGAUCUUCAUCCACGAGCUGACGCUCCGGGCGUGGAUCCACACCGAGGACAACAAGCGCCGGACGCUGCAGAGAAAUGACAUAGCUAUGGCCAUCACGAAGUUUGACCAGUUUGACUUCUUGAUCGACAUUGUGCCCCGGGACGAGAUCAAGCCCAGCAAGAGCAGGGACGACCCCAACUCCCGGACAUCCAUGAACGCUGACCAGGUGCACUACUACUUCCAACUGGCGCAGCAGCACCAGGCGGCGCUGCAGCAGACGUCGCAGCAGGGCGCCGGCGCGGUGGCUCAGGCGGCGCUGCCCACCAUCCAGAUAGUGCAGCCGGCCACCGGCCAGGUGCAGACUGUGAGCGUCGCCCCGUCGCCCGUCGAGCAGGCGCCGGCGAGCACGUCGCCGGCCACGGUGGCGACCACAUCCAUCGUGACGGCGCAGCCCCUGCAGCAGCAGCAGCAGCAGCAGCAGCAGCAGCAGCAGCAGCAGCAGCAGCAGCAGCAGGCGACGGCGCAGGUGAUCCAGCUCCAGCAGCCAGCGCAGGCGCCCGCGCCCGCCGCGCAGCAGGGCGGCAUCCAGAUCGUGCAGCAGAUCGUCACGGCCAAUGGCGAGAUACAGCAGAUACCGAUCCACCUGACGCAGUCCCAGCUGCAGCUGAUCCGCAUGCAGGUGCAGAGCAACUCGGGCCAGCCCAUCAUCAUCCAGACGGCCCCCAUCCAGGCGAUACAGCAGACCACGCCCCAGGCGCAGAUCAUACAGGCGGUGAGUCUGUCGGCGGACGACCCACUGAGUGCGCAGUCAGGCGCGCAGCUGUGACCGUGCUCGGACGUGAUCUCGUGAAGAGAGAGGGCUGCGAGCGCAGCCGAGCCAUUGGUCGACGCAAACGCCAUCGGAUACACCGCUGUCGAGGAUUGAGGUCCCUGCCACUGGGCACUCCCCGGACGCACCCAGCAAUACACGUGUGGUGUUGGAUAAAUGUUUUGCCUUUGCAGUGCGAUAAUUCAUCACAGUGGGUGUCAUGUAAGUGUGUAUUUAUUUUAAUAUAUGGUUCUUUUCUUAUUUAUUUUCCAGCUUUUAACUCCAAACAUAUUUAAAAAAAAAAAAAAAAAGAAGGAACCUCAUUAUUGUAGAUUGUCAAAAUUGUGUUAAUUUAUUAAGUUAUCAAUGAAAAAAAUUUGCUUUGAUGCAAGUCUUGGUCAGUUUCAACACCCUAACUUUUAUGUAACUUACUAUAAUUUUUUCACCAUUAAUAGCAUUCUUUGGGCCCAUGCUACAAUGACACAGCUGUGGAAACAGAUCACUAUAGGAUACAUAAAUCAUGAAACAAAUUAUACGUACAUAGUGGUGUGGAUAUGAACAAACAAUUAUACGGAUUAACGGACAAUGCCCAA